GUGAAACUUUCCUCUGACAUUAAACGCAACACAGAGUUGCGCGAGAGGACAACGGCGCUGACUCCAAGCGCGCGCGGUACGAUAUCCAAACUUCAACAGAGGACAAAAUGAAGCAACUCCGGCUCGUGCUUCUGACCGCGUUGCUAUGGCAAUGCUGCCAUGCCCAGCAGAGAGGACUGUUCCCGGCUGUGUUGAACCUGGCAUCCAUGGCAGAUAUAUCCGCUAAUGCUACCUGUGGUUCACUGGGUCCAGAAAUGUUCUGUAAGCUGGUGGAACAUGUACCAGGCCAGCCUAUUAGAAACGCUCAGUGUCGAAUCUGCAACCAAAAGAGUACAAAAGCAGUUGAACAACAUCCUAUAGAAUAUGCCAUAGAUGGGACCAAUCGUUGGUGGCAAAGUCCCUCUAUCAAGAAUGGAAUGGAGUACCACUAUGUGACUAUUACUCUGGACUUAAAACAGGUUUUUCAGAUCGCCUAUAUGAUCAUAAAGGCAGCCAACUCACCUCGCCCAGGUAACUGGAUCCUAGAGCGUUCAAUAGAUGGGGUGACCUUUGAUCCCUGGCAGUACUACGCCAUCACAGACACAGAGUGCCUGACGAGGUUCAACAUUAAUCCACGGACAGGACCUCCAUCCUACACCAGGGAUGAUGAAGUUAUCUGCACAUCUUUUUAUUCAAAGAUUCACCCUCUGGAGAAUGGAGAGAUCCACACGUCUUUGAUCAAUGGUCGGCCCAGUGCAGAUGACCCCUCCCCGACCCUGCUGAACUUCACCUCCGCCCGCUACAUCAGGCUGGUGUUUCAGCGAAUCAGAACGCUGAACGCCGACCUCAUGACUCUGACACUCCGUGACCCGAGAGAUGUCGAUCCCAUCGUGACGAGACGAUACUAUUAUUCCAUUAAGGACAUCUCAGUCGGAGGAAUGUGUAUCUGUUACGGCCACGCCAAAGCUUGUCCACUCAACACUAUUACAAAGAAGUUUAGCUGUGAAUGUGAACACAACACAUGCGGGGAGAGCUGUGAUCGUUGUUGCCCUGGUUACCACCAGCAGCCCUGGAUGGCAGGAACCUUCCUCACUCGACAUGUCUGCGAGAAGUGUAACUGCCACAGCAAAGCAGAGGAGUGCUACUUCAAUCAGACAGUAGCAGACCUGUCACUCAGCCUAAACAUCCAAGGUCAAAACAGAGGGGGUGGAGUCUGUAUUGGUUGCCGUGACAACACAGCUGGAAUCAACUGUCAAACAUGCGUUGCAGGAUUCUACAGACCCACUGGGGUGAGCGCUGAGGAGGAGAAGCCCUGCAUCCCAUGCUCGUGUGACUCACAUGGUUCCAUCAGCCAAUCAUGUGUCCCAGAUUCAAGCCAGGCUACGCCCAUUCAGCCAGCAGGGUCAUGCCGGUGUAAGGAGGGUUUUGGGGGUCUGCAAUGUGACAGGUGCGCUGUGGGUUAUAUGGGCUACCCGUCCUGCCAGCGUUGUAACUGCAGUGUGGAAGGAAGCACCAACGAUGACCCAUGUAUAACACCCUGCGUGUGCAAGGAAAAUGUGGAGGGGGAAAACUGCGACCGCUGUCAACUGGGAUUCUACAACCUCCAAGGUGACAAUCGGCGUGGCUGUGAAAAGUGCUCCUGUAUGGGUGUUUCCAGUCAGUGCUCUGCCUCCACAUGGACCUAUCACAAUGAGACCACUCUGACAGGCUGGCACCUGCUUGGAGACACAGGAGGAAGAGUGUGGUCCGUUCACAGACAGACACCUCCAUAUCUCAGCGUCCGACACUCAGACGUUGUGAGUGAUCUUGGCUCCGCCUACUACUGGAACGCACCUGGACUAUACCUGGGAAACAAGCUUUCAGCCUAUGGAGGGAGUGUGGUCUACACUGUGUCUUAUACUACAGACCAACGAGAACAAAUGGCCAUUAGAGUCACCUCACAACCUGACAUAAUCAUAGAGGGAGGCGGGAUCAAGAUUAUUGACAAAAGGUUUGGCCAGCCAGUGUACCCGUCCUCGCCAAGCACCAAUCGCAUUGCUCUCCUUCCAGAGAACUUCCUGGUUUCAGAGAGCGCACAGCCGAUUAGUCGAAGGGACUUCCUGUCUGUGUUGGCCAAUGUGACCCGUGUGAUGGUGCGGGCCUCUUAUAGCACAGAACCCAGUGCUGUGUACAGAUUCCACCUAUUCUCAAUGCAGGUAGCAAACCCCUCUGCCAGAGGAGAGAGGAGAGCAUCAGCUGUAGAAAGCUGCUUUUGUCCUGCUGGAUAUGCUGGAACGUCGUGUGAGGCAUGUAUUCCUGGUUUUCGGAGGGUUAACGGGAAUCUCUAUAAUGGCGUGUGUGAAGCUUGUCAUUGCCAUGGACAUGCUACACAAUGCCACGACAUCAAAGGACACUGCCUGGACUGCUCCCACCACACAACCGGCCCCUUCUGUGAUACCUGCCUACCCGGUUACUAUGGCAACGCCACCCGUGGGUCACCUGCAGACUGUCAGCCCUGCGCCUGCCCGCUCAAUCUUCCUAGUAACAAUUUCAGCCCUACCUGCCACCUAGGUGAAGAAGGGGAGUUGCUGUGCGACCAGUGCCAGCCUGGGUACACAGGACCACGAUGUGACAGAUGUUCCAAUGGAUACUACGGCCAGCCCACUGUACCAGGGGGAUCCUGCCAGCCCUGUGAUUGCAACGGCAACCUUGACCUAUCCGUAUCUGGCAGCUGUGAUCCAAUCACAGGCCAGUGUCUGCGCUGUCGUCAAGGUUAUGGUGGCGUUUCUUGCGAAAGUUGCGCUGACGGUUACUACGGAGAUGCCAUCACAGCAAAAAACUGCCAGUCCUGCCAGUGCCAUACUAAUGGCUCUGUAUCUGAGGUCUGCGAUAAGGAGACUGGACGGUGCCAUUGCAGAAAAAAUGUGGUUGGACGACAGUGUGACGAGUGCAUACCUAACUGCUGGUGGGAUGCUGAGCGUCAGGACUGUAUUCCCUGUCGCUGCAGCCCUCACGGCUCUAUGUCUCAGCGCUGUGAUAUCGAGGGCCGCUGCAUCUGUCGCCCCGGCUUUGUGGGCCGACACUGUGACCUGCGUCGCCAAGGUUACGAGAGGCGGGAGACCCGGAGACCAGUGGAACGCGUUCCCAUAGAAGCUGUUCAGCAGAGAUGGGGGGGGGUCCCCCGCACAGGGGGUUGUCCCAGGGGGGCGUACAGGCCUAAGACAGGGCCUCAGACUCACGGCAUUAGCACAGGUGGAGUGUGUGCCCCGUGUCACUGUAACUCGUUUGGUUCCAAGUCGUUUGACUGUGAUGAAACCGGUCAGUGUCGGUGUCAGCCGGGCGUCACCGGACCCAAAUGUGAUCGAUGCUCACGAGGAUUCUUCAACUUCCAGGAGGGAGGCUGCACACCCUGUCAGUGCAGUCAUGUGGGGAAUAACUGCGAUGCUAACACAGGACAGUGUAUCUGUCCUCCAAACACCAUCGGUGAGAGGUGCGACCUCUGUGCUCCCAACCACUGGGGCCAUGAUAUCAUAACUGGAUGCAAGGCGUGUGGCUGCAGUGUGAUCGGCUCAGUGAGCCAGCAGUGUAACGUCAACACAGGCUGCUGCAUCUGUCGCGACUCCUUCAGAGGAGAGAAAUGCAAUGAAUGUCAAAUUGGAUACAGAGACUUUCCUCAGUGCACCCAGUGCAAGUGUAACAUCGCAGGAUCGGACAGCCAGACCUGUGACCUGGAGAGAGAAGUGUGCGCCUGCGCCGAUCGAACGGGAAAGUGUAGCUGCAAGGCAAAUGUGAAAGGAGACAACUGUGAUCGCUGUAAGCCAGACACGUUUGGGUUGUCAUUACGAAACCCACUUGGCUGCAGCAACUGUUACUGUUACGGACUGACACGCUCCUGCACAGAGGCACAAGGGCUCAUCAGGAUGUGGUUGACGCUCAAGCCUGAGCAGACGGUGCUCCCCCUGGUGGAUAAAUCCAACACUGCGGAGACGAGGAGAGGAGUGAGCUUCCAGCACCCUGAGAUCCUCGCUCAUACAGAGCUGGUCACCUCAACUCUCUCUGAACCCUACUACUGGAAACUGCCGGAGCAGUUCAGAGGCUCUAUGAUCACAGCAUAUGGUGGGCAGUUGAAAUAUGCAGUGUACUACGAGGCCAGAGAUGAAACUGGUCCUUCCUCCUAUGAGCCUCAGGUCAUUAUUAAGGGCGGUCCUAACCGCAACAUCCUGAUGACACGCCACAUACCGGGACUCCAGAUUGGUCAGCUGACCCGCCACGAGAUCGACAUGACAGAGCAUGAGUGGAAGUACGCAGAUGGCAGGUCCAUGACUCGAGAGGACUUCAUGGAUAUUUUGUUCUAUGUGGACUACAUCCUAAUUAAGGCAUCACACGGCAACUUGAUGAGACACAGCCGUAUUUCAGAAAUCAGUCUAACAGUGGCCGAGGAAGGCAGACCAACCAAAGAGAGCGAGAAAGCACAUCAGAUAGAGAAGUGUGAUUGUCCAAUCGGAUACUCUGGACUUUCCUGUGAGGAGUGUGCUGCAGGUUUCUACCGUCUUCGAGCCAGUUCCCUGGCAUCUGCUCCAGCGUCAGGAGCGCCCACCGCUGCCGGCAUGGGCAGUUGUGUUCAGUGCCAAUGCAGUGGGCACUCUUCCACCUGUGACCCUGAGACAUCCAUAUGCCAGAACUGUCAAGACAACACAGAGGGUGAUCGGUGUGAACGCUGCGCUCCGGGAUUCUACGGUGUGGUCCGAGGUCUCCAUGACGACUGCAAACCUUGCGCCUGUCCCCUCACCAACCCAGAGAACAAUUUCAGUCCAACCUGUGUAACGGAGGGAUUUGAUGACUACCGAUGUACUGCCUGUCCUGAGGGAUAUGAGGGCAAAUACUGUGAGAGGUGUUCUACUGGUUACCAUGGUAACCCACGGAUGCCUGGCGGCCGCUGCGAGGAAUCCUGUGAUGAUGAGUGCUCGGGUCUGUUGAUCAGUGAUAUGGACCGCCUGUAUCGAAUCAUCACUGAAGUCACCCUGACCACACCCCUCCCACCACCUUAUAGGGUGUUGUACCGCUUUGAGAACAUGACAGAGGAACUCAAGCAUAUGCUGUCACCUCAGAGAGCUCCGGAGAGAUUACUGCAACUGGCCGACUCCAACCUGGGAUCACUGGUCGUUGAGAUGGACCAACUACACAGCAGGGCCACUAAGGUGUCUGCUGACGGAGAGCAGGUUGAGGAUGAUGCUGACAGGAUUCAUAAACGAGCUGAGGACCUGGAGCAGUUCAUCAGGGAUACACUGCUGGGAGCUCAAGACCUCCAGUCGAAGGCUGCUGACUUGAACCAGACUCUCUCCCGGAGAGAUGGAACUCCAGACAGAAGCCUGAAGGAGAUGAAGGAGGAGAUCCAGGCCAUGCUAGCCGAGAUGAGAAAACGACAGCUGGGAGGGAAGAAGAGUAUCGCCGAGGAAGAGAUGCACCUAGCAGAGGAGUUGUAUCAGAAAGUGAAAAGAUUAUUUGGCGACCCCCAUCAGGCCACAGAAGACCUGAAAGCAGAGAUAAAAGAGAAGCUCUCAGACCAUGAGGGGAAGCUCCAGGAGGCCCAGGAUCUACUCCACUCUGCCCAGGGAAAGACCAGGCAGGCUGGCUCACUGGCUGAACAAAACCAUGCUAACCUUACAGCCCUGGAGAGGAAGCGCUCUGCAGUGAGCGGGGUGAAACAGGAAGCAGAGGAGGUCCUUGGAGAAGGAGAACGUUUACUGGGUGAAGCAAACCAGCUUUCUGACAACAUCAACAAGGAGAUAGAGGACUUGGAGGAGAUGGGAAGAGAGCUGGGUCCUCUUCAUGACCAGCUGGGUGACAAAGUCAGUCACCUUACCAACGGUUUAAGUGACGGCAGCCUGGCUAAUCACGUGCACGAUGCAGAGGAACACGCCAAACAGCUGAACGAAUCUGCUGCCAUUUUGGAUGGUAUUUUGGCUGAAGCUAGAAAUCUCUCCUUCAACGCAACAGCUGCCUUCAAGGCCUAUAGCAACAUUAAAGCAAAUGUCGAUGCAGCGGAGAAAGAGGCGAAGGCAGCCAAACAGAGGGCAAGUGAGGCACUGGCACUGGCUUUAGAUCCAGAGGUCCCAGUAAAGGAAGCAGCUCAAGGUGCCCUUCAGAAGAGCCACAGAUUGCUGGACCAAGCUAAACAACUACAAAAUGAUGUCAAAGAGAAUGCAGAUGGUGUGGCCGGGCUGAAGGGCAGAGUUAAAGCAGCGAGAGACAAAGCCAAAGACCUGCUGAAAGCUGUCAACGGAACCAUGGCAACGCUCAACGCUAUCCCCAAUGACACAGCAGCUAAGCUAGCAGCCACAAAGGCUGUAGCAGCUGAUGCUAACGCCACGGCCAUAGACGUCCUGGAGCGUCUUGGUGAUUUGAACCUGCGAGUCAAUGGCCUACAGAGGAACUACAGCGAGCUGGAGGACACUGUUAAUGCAGCCAAUCAGAUGAUCCAGGACCCAGAGAAAAACACCAUCAUCCACGCUGCAGGAGCUAAAGUGAAGGAUUUAGAGGAUGAAGCUGACAGGCUGUUGGAGAAGCUGCAGCCAAUCAAAAAGCUGCAGGACAAUUUGAGGCGAAACAUCUCACAAAUCAAGGAACUGAUAAACCAAGCCAGGAAACAAGCUAACUCGAUCAAAGUAUCAGUGUCAUCAGGUGGUGACUGUCUCCGUAGUUACCGACCCGAUAUCAGGAAAGGGAGGUACAACACCAUCAUCCUUCACGUUAAAACCACCACACCUGAUAACCUGCUCUUCUACCUGGGGUCAGCCAAAUAUGUUGAUUUCCUUGCCUUAGAGAUGCGUAAGGGGAAGGUGAAUUUCCUCUGGGAUGUGGGUUCAGGUGUGGGGAGGGUUGAAUAUCCUCAUCACACUAUCCAUGAUGGGAACUGGCACAGAAUAGAGGCGUCUCGUAAUGGGUUGAAUGGCACCAUAUCAGUAUAUCCUCUGGAAGGCUCUAUGGCUGGUAUGAUGCCGACCCCGGCCAGUGCCAACUCGCCCACAGACUACACCAUCUUGGACGUUGACCAGAACGCCUACCUGUUUGUAGGAGGAAUACUCGGCACUGUCAAGAAAGCAGAUGCAGUAAGAACAACAACAUUCACAGGCUGCAUGGGGGAGACCUUUUUGGAUGGUAAACCUAUUGGACUGUGGAACUACAGAGAGAGACAUGGAGACUGUAGAGGAUGUGUUGUCAGCCCGCAGCGUUCAGAUGGUGAGGGGACAGUUCAGCUGGAUGGUGAGGGCUACGCCGCAGUGGGACGACCCACCAGGUGGAACCCCAAUGUUUCCACCGUGACCUUCAAGUUCCGCACAUUUUCCUCCGAAUCCCUGCUCAUGUAUUUGGCUACUGAGGAUAUGAAGGACUUUAUGUCCCUGGAGCUGUCGGAGGGCAAGGUGAAGGUGAACUUUGACCUCGGGUCAGGGGUUGGCAGUGCCAUAUCAGCUAACCGCCACAAUGAUGGACAAUGGAAAUCCAUCACCAUGUCACGGAACAAGAAACAAGCAACGGUAAAUGUUGUGGACAUCGACAGCGGUGCCGAGGAGAAGAUAGUGGCCACAUCUCAGGGCUCAGCUGCCGGUCUGAACCUCAAGGAAAACCAGAAGAUCUAUUUUGGAGGGCUGCCUACCAUUGGAAACUAUAGCAUGACAGCCAGGUCAGAGGUCACUCUGAAGCGGUAUGCUGGCUGUCUUCGGGAGAUUGAAGUCUCCAGGACUCCAUAUAAUCUCCUCAGCAGUUCAGAUUAUACUGGGGUCACUAAAGGAUGUAAUGUAGAGAACCUGUACACAGUCAGUUUCUCUAAGCCGGGAUACAUGGAGCUCGGUGGCCUGUCGCUGGCGGUCGGCACAGAGAUCAGCCUGUCGUUCAGCACUCUGGCAGACACUGGGACCAUCUUGUUGGCCGUAGGCGGAGCUUCACCAAUCAGCCAACAGGCCCGGAACACAAACAUCCUCAACUCCAAAAGGAAACGCAGACAGUCUGGAGAGCCCUACGUCUCAGUCAUGCUGAACAAAGGCUCUCUGGAGGUCUUGGUGUUUACCGGCAGCCACAGUCCACGUCGUGUCAUCAGACGACCUGAGCAAGGCUUACUGAAUGAUGGGAGGGAGCACUCGCUGCGCAUUGAGAGGUCACCUGGCAGAUCCUUUGCAGUUCAGGUGGACGAGGAGGCACAGAGGGAGGCAGCGCUUCCCAACGACCAGCCAGUGAGCUUGCAACGUGUUUUUCUCGGUGGUAUUCCUACAGACGUAGAGCAGACAUCCAACAGAGCCAACAUCCCUUUCCAGGGAUGUAUAUGGAACCUCAUAGUCAACGCUGUUCUCUCAGAUUUCUCCCUGCCUGUGUCCUUUGAGAAUGCUGAAAUUGGACAGUGCCCCAACCUGGCCCCUGCACCACCUUUACCUCUUCUGCCAGAAGAAGAGGAGCCCAAGAAGGAAAAGGAGGAGUCGAAGCCACUCCGUCCUCCACCGACCCCAACAACCGUUACACCAGCUCCAGGUCCUCCUGCUGAGGCCACGCCCCCUGCCGCACCUGCUGCCACACCCACUGCUGCUGCUGCUGCCCCGCCCACUGCUAAACAGGAGCUCAGCGCUGACGUGGAUUCAUGUGCAUCAGCUGUGGCCCCGACAGUGCUGGAGAAGGCCUAUCAAUUUGGACUGACCAGGAACAGCCACAUGAGCUUUGCUUUUGAUGACACCAAAGUCAGAGAGAGGCUAAUAUUGGAGUUUGAGCUGAGGACGAAGGAGGAGUCCGGUCUGGUUCUCUACAUGGCAAGAAUCAACCAUGCUGACUUUGUUUCAAUACAGAUCAAGGAUGGACAGGUCUGUCUGGGUUAUGAUCUUGGUCAUGGAAAUAUAUCUGGCUGCGUCCCCUUCUCCAUUACUGAUGGGAACUGGCACAAGAUACGUGUGAGUCGUAUCAAGCAAAGGGGUCUACUUACGGUUGAUGGGCGAUACAGUAAACAGAUGAUCAGCCCAAAGAAGGCUGACCUGUUAGAUGUGGUGGGAAUGCUGUAUGUGGGUGGAUUACCACAAAACUACACCAGCAAGAGAAUCGGGCCGAUUCUCUACAGUAUCAAUGGAUGUGUCCGUAACUUUAAGAUGGUGGGAGGUCCUGUGAGCACUAAGGCAGCCGCUACAGGUCGCCCUGAGGCCUCCAUUGAGGACUUUAAAUUGAACAUGGACACGCCCACCUCCAGUCACAUGGUAGGAAGAUGCUUCGUUGCAACAGAGACGGGCACCUAUUUUGAUGGCACUGGCUUCCUGAAAGCAGUCUCUUCUUACAGAGUGGGUCUGGAUGUGUCGAUAGCAUUAGAGUUCAGGACCAGCAGAACCAGUGGAGUGCUUUUGGCCAUCAGUAACCAAGCCAACAAUGGACUGGGACUAGAGAUCGUCGAGGGCAAGCUGCUUUUCCACGUUGACAACGGAGCUGGACGGAUCACAGCGGAGCACGUGCCUGAGGGCGAGGGCUUCGGCUACGACAGUGGUACUGUGCGCACGCUACGGCCAAGCAGUGCCAGCCAGAUGCGU